AUGGGUGCCAGCGACUCGAAGCUCGUCUUCAAGAAGGGCAUCUUCAGGCUGUCUGAGGAGCGUCACAUCCCGGCCGAUGACCCUUACUGGACUUCUUUUUGGGAGCUCCCCGAAUCCUCAGAGGACAUCUUCAGCCUCUUUGCCCCCGCCGACAUUCGUCGCACCAGAGAUAAAGCCCUCGAAAACCUAGAAACCCUGAUACUUGCAAUCACAUCUCGACUGUUCAUAUUGCGCCAUCAUCCCUCGUUCCCCGACCCUGAGAUCGCACCUGAACGAGACGCUCUGAACUGUAUUCGAGUCCUGACGCGCAUUCUACCCUUCAUCUACGAGGCUGAUAACCUUCAACAAUGGGAAGAAACAUUCUUCUGGGGGGCUAGGCGGAAGAGGACGAGGCAAUCCGCCAUUGCCAACGAAGUGUUGUUCGACGGAGCCCAGGAUGGCCCGCGAUCGCCGAAGCCGAGGAACGACCCUGAAGACUUCGAAGACGCCAAGCCUCUCGCCGAGGAGCUUAUCGACACUCUCGUAGACUUGCUGUUCUUUUCCGAUCUCACCUUACCCAAACAACCCAAUGGACGCUCGAAAGUCACGUACGCCAUCUGGCAGAGUGGCGUGGGCUGCAAUACCGCAGUAACUACCACCAAGGAGUUCGAAAGCAACCGUAGCGAGAUUCUCCGCCUGCUCAUGACCAUGACAAGUCAGAGCAUGUAUAUGUCACCCAAUGCUCUUCCACAAAAGGGUGUCCGGGCCUUGACCCACAUUUGUACAUGCCCCGACAAGCAGGUCGUGUUGUCGGUUCUCUGCUCGCUGCUGAAUACUGAACAGACCCUAAAGUACAACCCAGCCACCUGGCGUGUUCCUUACAACACGCUCGUCUUCAAAGACGAGAAGCAGAUUCUGGUGACUUACACACUACAACUGCUGCUGGUAUUCUUGCUGUAUCCAAUACCCGAGCAGGAUGGCACGACGCCCAAGAACUUUUAUCGUCAUUUCCUUGGAAGACUUCAUCGCCCCCAGGACUUUCAGUUCAUCGUCGAUGGUAUGACGCGAAUUCUCAACCAGCCGCUCCAGGAGAAGAGCUCGUAUAUUCCCAGCGGACAAACGGGGGCCAAGUUCGCUCCAGAAAUCAUCAUGCUUUUCUGGGAAAUUACGCAGUGCAACAAACGAUUCCGUUCAUUCAUCAUCGAUACAGAGCGACUGACGGAUUUUCUCGUCCUGACACUUUUCUAUGCUCUGGAGUACAAGAAUGAUCCGUCCAAGCAAGGGGUAGUGCGGAUGUGUGCCUUCUUGCUCCAAACUUUGAGUGUGGAAAAGAACUUUGGCACCAAUCUCAACCGCACUUUUGGGCGACAAGAAAGUCUGCCUUUGACCAUCAGAAUACCAGGAUUCAGCGGAACAUACGCUGACUUCUUGAUCCACCUAUUCUCUUCCAUGUCGUCCCCCUCGUUUCUUCUGGCAAAUGAUAGUAACCACGACCUCCUGAGGUCACUAAUGGAGUCCAUCAACUCAGUCGUCGAGCAUCAGUACCAAAAGAAUCCAGAGUUGAUCUUCUCGAUCUUGCGCAACAAGAAGCGCAUUGAAGCACUGCGUACUUUCACGCUUGAGAGUGGUCAGGAGGAGAUUGAGAGACGCAACCGUCGCCGCAAAGAGGCUGCGGCUAGUGGUGAUGGAUUAGAACCAAGUUCGGUCAGAAGCUCCGUUGAAAGCCUCCGCAGCCCGACGACUUCGCAAGCUCGGCAACCCACCCUCAGCGAUGUGCCUGAAGAAGAUGGAACUUUCGCGAUCGGGGAUGACGACGACGAUAGCGAUGACGAUGAUGACGAAGACGAAGACGAUCAUCGCCCCACGCCAGCUCAGUCUACUACAAGCGAGAACCCGUCCGUCACAUCGUCCCAAGCUGAAUUUGCAGAGGAUGCAGUUCCUACGCAACUUCGCGGCAUGUCGGAGAAGGCCAGGGGAAAGAUGCCCGCUGGCGUACCCAAUUUCUCCCGACAGAACAGCACCACAAGUCUCGGCGGCUAUUCCACCAGUGGACAAUCACAGACCGGCAUCUUUGAGCCAAGUGCGCAGUGGAUCGAGAGCUGGCUUCCAGAGCUCCCGCUCCAUACCAUGCUCACUGUGAUUCAGCAAGUGUCAGCUCUGCUGCCCCGUCAAGCACUUGCUGGCGAAUCCGCCAACCGAGAGACGCUGCAAAAGAUACAGGAAAUCAGGCUUGUAGGUGUAGAUCCAACACCGCCUCGUGUCCAUUCGUUCGAGUGGUCACAGUUGUCUCUGGGCUGGUACGAAUCACUCCUCUGGGGUUUCGUCUUCACCAGCGAGAUUCAGGUUUCUAAGGGUACAGUUGGAAUCUGGAACGGGACAGCAAUAAAACUGUUCCGCGUCCAGGAAACAGCUCCACAAGGUCCCAGCUUGACCUCACCUAGAGGAGCAGUAGACGCCGUGGGAAGCAACAUCGUGUCCCGUAUCGGCGCUAUGAACCUUCGCGGUGCUCCGGGAGCUGCUGCACCAGGUACUCCGCAACGCCCUUCGUGA